CUCCUGGCCUAUUAGUGGCUGCCGCCGAUCACCGUCGUGGGUAGGAUUGGCUGCGCUGACGGCGGCGGGCAGCUGGCGGCGGCUGGGACCGGGCCGGGCCCGAACCUUGAACGAAAAGUAUUUUCGUAUGAAAGUAUUACUGUGCUCUACAGCAGCAGCUGCCAGAACCCCAUUGUACUGAAGACAAUGCAUUUGUAAGAGGGACAGGCUAUGGCUUACAGUUUGCGGUCAAUGGAUCAAGAAGCUGGAAAACCUGCAUGGCCAAGACCAGCAGGUGGAUGUCAGACUAUUACAGGUAGAAGAUAUGGAAGAAGACAUGCUUAUGUCAGUUUUAGACCGUCCUUGAACAGCCAAGAUGGAAAUGUACACCAACACAAUGGAGAACAUGAAGGAUUAGAGUUCGACAAUGUUCAGGAAGAGUUUUCUUUACUUUCCAGGCCAUUGGUCCAAGUUUCUUCGUGUUUAUUGGAUGAGACAUUGUUAGAAAAUACUGCAACUGGAGAACCUGUUCGUCAGACUGUUUUGAGCCAAAUUUCUGAGGCAAGCACUUCACCGUUUUCUCUAGCCUCUUAUGAAGUGGAAGGCAACCAAAUCUCAGGGAACAUUAUGAAUCCUGAUAAAAAUUCUGAGCUCCUCAUUGAACGUACUUCUGGAGAGUCUAAUGAUUUGAAUGGUCACAAUGGAAUUGCUUUUGUAAACAUCGAUUCUUACGAGCCAGAUAGCAGCGAUGGAGAAGAUGAUGGACAAGACCAGCUUUGUUUGGGAAGAGAAGAAGCAGGUGUAUUUCAGGAAACACUAGAUGAUGUGGCUUCUGAAUUAGAAAAUGGUAUAGAGGCUUUCACUGACAUGCAGUCCCAAUUGUCCACUCUCAAUUGCAGAAUUUCUAGAGAAUGUUGUGAGGAAGUGAGACCAGUGCCUUCAACAAGAUAUUUGAGCAUAGAUUCAGACUUGAACCAUCCAAACAACAGGACACUCGAAGAAUCUGCUGCUGAAGAUCAAGCCAUACCAAAAAGUAACCUGAGUGGUGACAGUCAUGAAACACAACAGGUAAAUCUGGUAGAUACUAGAAUUAGGACCCCUGUAACAACUUGUAAUGAAUUAAAUCUCAGUGAUGAGGAGACUGAACAAAGAAAUUCACCUGAGCUAGUAGUGAGACCUAAAAUAAGAAAGCAAAAUACCACAAGCCAGUUGGAGAGAAAGAUGGUUCUGCCUGAUGAUGAUGAAGAAAGAAGUUCUAACAGGAAAAGGGAAACUGCUGAAAUCCAGCAAGGCUGUGAUGAACGUACAUCGAGAAAUGACAGAGAAGAAUUGAGUUCCACUAUGUUCUUCGAAUCCAAAGAGUACAAAGGUCCUCAGAACAACACUAGGAUAGACCUAAGGAGAAACACAACAGCUCAAGAACAAAAAGAUGUCUUAGAUGAUAGCAGUUUUUGGGAUGAGUUUGAAGACUGGAGCAGAUACUUCCCACAGCCCCACAAAGAUGAAGACAGCUCAGAAUGUAGUGAUGGAGAAUGGUCUGCAUCUAGGCCUUCCUGUUUUGCUGCUGCAGAAAAAGACCAGUCCUCAAGUGAUGAGAGCUGGGAGACUGUCCCAGGCAGGGAGGAACAUGAGCCUGAAGUGCAUAGCAGUCCCAGUGGUAUAGAAGUGUUUGUAGACUGCAGUUUUCAAGGAGGGGAACCAACGCUUUUGGAGGAAGGAGAGAUUACUUGGUUACAGUACCAUGAAGAAACAGAAAGUAGCAGUGAUGAGGAAAAUCAUCCAGUUAGUGAUUUUGUGCAUCCUGGCUUAUUUAUAUUAGAUGGAAACAACAACCUUGAGGAUGACUCCAGUGUGAGUGAGGACCUGGAUGUCGAGUGGAGGCUGCUGGAUGAGUUUGGUGAUGGCCUAGGUGUUGCUCAAGCCAUUUCAUAUGUGGAUCCCCAAUUUACCACGUAUAUGGCGCUAGAGGAACGCUUAGCACAAGCUAUGGAGAAUGCUCUGGCACAUUUGGAGUCCCUUGGAUUUGAUGUUGAACAGGCUCAUCCACCAGCUACUCAAGAAAGCAUAGAUUGUCUGCCACAGAUUAUCGUCACAGAUGACCAUAAUGGUCAAGACCAGUGUUGUACUAUCUGUUGCAGUGAAUAUGUGAAAGAUGAAAUCUUAACAGAGCUACCCUGUCAUCAUUUGUUUCACAAGCCCUGUGUCACUCUUUGGUUACAGAAGUCGGGAACAUGCCCUGUUUGUCGCCACGUGCUUGCACCUAUGCUUCCUGAAGCAGCUGCUACAACUGCUUCCGUUCCAUCUGAUCAUGAUUCCUCAUCUUCUGCUCAGGAUGUUACAGGAGCUCCAAACUAGCAUCUGAAAUGAAGUCUCCUUCACCAAAAUAAAAAGUUAACUUUGCCUGUUAAAUUACAAUGUGAAAACAAUUAUAUAUAAAAUAUUAUAUGUAAAAUACUUUAUAUAUUAUAUAUUUCAGUUUAGGAAGAAGAUGCAAGAAUUUAUAAACCUGUUUAGGUUUACAAUAGUUUAAGUUUUCAAACAAAGCUUGAAGAAUGUGCACCCCUUUUUACACGAUAGAAUGUUGCUGGUAACUGUAGUGUCUAAAGCUUGUAUUAUGACAAAUUUGUCCAAAAAGAUAAUUAAUGUGGCACUUUCUCUUUAAGUUCCUGCAACUGCAGUGCAGUUGUAGCUUACUGAAGUUAUGCUUAUCUGUUUUUCAUAACUGAACUAUUUGCCAACGAGUGACUGUAAUGGAUCUCUUUUACAUCAAAUGCAGAGAUCUUCUUUGACAACAGUACAGUUUGGUUUCACUGGAAAUAAAUUUCACCAAGAAACAGUAUUUUACCCCUUUAUUCCAUAUUAACAGCACUUCUAAUAUUAUGAAGAAAGUUUAAUUGCUGAUACCUGGACUUUUUUUACAAAUGCUAAUACUAUUUUUAAGACUAGGUCCUGAAUAAGUGUAUGAACUUUGGAACUUCAACACUUGAUAUUCUGAGUUUCUAAGAGGCUGAAUCCAUAAAAGCUGGGCAGCUGUUUCCUUCAAGUUCUGCUUAAAUUCCACUGUAUUAACUAGGUCUCCUGUACUUUCUCCUUCAUGUACGUACACCCUCUCAUUAUUAGAUAUAUUUAUUUUUCCUUAUAUAAGGAGUGGGGUUACUUUCCUAAUAUAGUUGUAAUUAAAAUAUUUUUCUCUUAGUCUUAAAUCUGAACAAGGUAGUAAGAACAUUAACAAGGUAGUAAGAACAUUACAUACCUAAUAGCCAUGUAUUCAAAUGUAUUUUUCAAUUAGGAUAACUCCUGUGAAGCUAUUUCAGAAAUUAAAGAAUGAAUGUUUCCAGUGUUGCAUACCCACUUAAACCACUUGUUGCAGUGGGUUAUGCUACACUUAAUAUUUUAAAGGAGAAAAGUUCUAGAAACUACAGUCUUAUUUCUCUAAAUAAUACUAUAUGUCCCUUAAAGUUUUUUCAUAUACAGAAGUUACUCUUAGAGCGCAGGAAGUUAAGAUUUUGAUCUGUGUAUAUGCGCUAAUAGCUGUGCAAAUCUCUUCUGUGGCUAUUGGAUAAACAUGUGAUUCCUAUAGUGGGAAUAAUAUAAAAGGAUCAAAUCCAAACAGUCUUAAAACAAUUAGUUUCUUCCAGUAACUAUUAGAUGAAUAAGGCUCCUAGAAAGGAAGAGUGAUUUUUGAGAAAGUGGUAUUACAGUAGCUCUUCCCUAGUGCUUAGAUUAUUGCUGUCAGUGUCAUUCUUUACAAAUAUUAAUUUCUUCUUU